AUGUCAUUAUCGUUUAUUGAUCUUCGUUCUGAUACCGUGACAAAACCAACGGUCGGAAUGCGUCAAGCAAUGUUCAAUACCAAUGUUGGAGAUGAUGUUUAUGGUGAUGAUCCAACUGUAUUAGAAUUACAAGAAAUGAUAGCGAAAUUAUUAAAAAAACAAGCAACAUUAUUUGUUCCAUCGGGAACAAUGGUAAAUCUUAUUUCUAUUCUCAAUCAUUGUUCACAAUUUGGUUCAGAAAUGAUAUUAAAUGAUGAGUCUCACAUUCACAUAUAA